AUGCUUGAACCUGUUGAACCUCUAUUAAAACCACCUAGAAAACCCUUAAAUGUUGAAAAAAAAGUUGCUGUAGCAUUGUAUUACUUGGCAAGUUGUUGCGAAUAUCGUGUAGUUGGAAAUGUUUUUGGUAUACAUAAAUCGACAGUAUGGAAAUGUGUACACGCUGUUGUUAAAGCAAUAAAUACCACACUUCUUCCUGAAUGGAUCACAAUGCCAGACGAAACAGAGUGUGAACACUUGACGGUACACAUACCUAUAUUACCUCCAGUUGAAGGCUACAGAGAUUACAUAAAUCGGAAAGGAUGGUCAUCAAUUGUGCUCCAAGGUGUAGUGGAUACAACUUUGAUAUUUAGAAAUAUAAACUGUCAAGCACCUGGAUGUUCACAUGAUGUAGCUGUUUUAAAAGAAUCUAUGCUAUACAAAAAUGCAGAAAAAUUGAUACCUAAAAAUUUCAAACAAGUUCGAAACGUGAAUGUACCAUAUUUUAUAAUGGGAGAUGGUGCUUAUCCACUUUUGCCAUGGCUAAUGAAAGCAUAUGGAAACACCAAGCUAACGCUACAAGAAGAAUUAUUUAAUACGCAUUUUAAUAGAGGAAGAGUUUACGUUGAAAUGGCUUUUGGACGUUUAAAAUCUCGAUGGCGUAUACUUUUAAAACGUAAUGAAUUGAACUACAAAUUUGUUCCUGAUGUGGUCGCUACUUGCUGCACAUUACAUAAUAUCUUAGAAACUAAAAAAAGAUCCAUUUUUAAAUGCUUGGGAACAAUAUGUAAAAGAAACUGA